AGCCAUUCUGCCUCACAGACACGCCAACUGGAAGACAUGUUGACUUCCUGGAAGCUCUCGACCUUCUUGUAAGUCACAACAAAGGAGAUCCCACAGCUGAUUGUAAUUACACGAGCCGGAAAAAAAAGACUUCAAUGUAAACUCUUGACAGGAUGUUGAACACAAGAGAUGGUAGGGGGGUUUCGACCAGAGCCCUGAAGUUGUGACAUCUUUUACAGGAAGUUGCACGAAAGAUUCCGACAGACGCAGCAUGGAAACGCUUCUUUUUUUAUUUCCUCAAUUCAACUUCAUGGCCCGGAAGGAGGAAGCGUAUUUCAAACGGCUAAGGCCAGACGAGACGCGAGCACCAACAAUGAAGGCUGAUAGCAGCAGACAGCAAGUCAAGGAGCGGAGUCUCACCAGGUCUGGCUCUCAUGAAAAUGUCAGCCACCGUAAAAAGACUACAUCCAGCAACAUCUCAGCCGAGGCAGCUUUGCAAUGGAGGAGCUCCUUUGAAGAACUGAUGAAGAACCCAGACGGGGUUGAAACUUUCUCUCAGUUCCUACGCACCGAGUUCAGUGAAGAAAACAUCGAGUUCUGGUUGGCAUGUGAAGAAUACAAGACCUAUGACUCUGAGAAGAAGAUGGUGUCCAAAGCCAAACAUAUUCAUGCUGUUUUUAUUGAGUCGGAUGCCCCUAAAGAGGUCAACAUCGACUACAACACCAAGAUGGCCAUCCAGAAGACUUUAGCACAGCCCACAAAGAGCUGUUUUGAAGCAGCCCAGAUGAAAGUAUACAGCCUGAUGAAAAAGGACUCUUACCCCAGAUUCCUGCACUCUGACCUUUAUUUACGCCUCACCAGGACAAAAGGGCCGGGAGUCGGCAUGUUUCGCAGAAGGUCACGCUCAUGUGUCUUCAACGAGCGAGGCGACGCCACGGCCGAACCCUCACCCUGGUAGCAAUAACAUUUCAGACAUAGCCGCUCACUCAUAAAACUGAUUAUUACAUCGGUGAUAAUCAGCGGCGAGGAGUGGAAUUUUAAUUGCAAAAUUUGUGUUGGAGAUGGUAACGUGUCUGCAGAAUGAAUCAUUUUCUUUUACAACCAAAGUAGAUUAUCCAAACAAUAUUAGAGGCUGGCAACGGGCCAUUGAUCCACGCAAAUAGUUUGAGGGUAUUUGGAGGAAUAUGCCAGUUUAAUUUGCUACUAUGCUUAUGUCUGCAUGUAUUAAUAUGAAGAUCCAGACUGCAUCUGUUUAGCAAAUCAUUCAUGCAUGUAAUCCUUGCUAAAAAUCAUCACUUGCUGGUGUUUCACAUCAUAAAUAAUAAGUGUGAUGAUUUGUGUUAUUGCUAAUCCGACUGAUGUGCAGAAUCAAGACAUGAACCACCAGUUUUUGGGUUUAAAAAAAAGUGCUUUGGAGGACUAAUGAUUAGCAAGUCAGUGUAGUUGAGGUGUUAACGUACAAACAGUACCCCCCCUCGUGUUAGAUUAAAAUGUAGAUAGAAUGAAUAUAGCGUUAGUUAUCACCCUUAUAUCCAUUUGCUUAGACAAUAGAAAGUGUUUGAAUGUGCUGAAGAAGAAAUGUUCCCGUGACCCUGACCAGAGACCCCCAGCGACCCCCCCCCCAGGUCCUGGAGGUGCCUGGAUGCGCCAACAGCAACCCUGCAGAUGUUCAUGUUAAUCCUGCAAGAAUGUGUCAAGAUAAGAAGUCAUAAAACAAUAAAAGUAAUUACUCUCACAUAUACACACACACAUAGACAAACAAAUACAGGAGGCUGCAACUGCCUCCCCCCCUUAGAGUUGCACGACCAUGUAGUAGGGACCCCCGAAAAGAGAAUAAAAAGAGAGGAGCAUGAACUGCAUAGUGGAGCGGCAUGUCACUGGGUAUGUGGUUUCACUCUCCUCGCUGCGAGUAACUUUAAAUAUUGUUUGUCUCUUCUGUAUUUCUGUAUUUAAGUGUCACAGGAGUUUGAACCUGACACCCCCCCCCCCCUUAAAUAUUCAGAUGCGCCUAUUUGAUGUAAAGUCUUCCAUUAUGUACAAAGAUGGGCACUCGGUAGAGCACAGACCUCCACCAAGGGCAAACCGCCAUAAACACGUCCGUGCGAUUUGCUUGAUUGAAAAAUGAUGAUGUGCAAGGCCGUACUGUUGGAAUGCAAUUCUGCAGGUGCAGCUCCAUAGCUGGCUUCGAUGUGGGCGGUCUGUAACUGCAAAAAGUACAAAUAAAUUAUUG